AUGGAAGACUUGCCUGAGGAUGGCGAUCAGGAGGAUGGAGCUGACAUGCAGGAGGAUGGAGCUGACAUGCAGGAGGAUGGAGCUGACAUGCAGGAGGAUGGAGCUGACAUGCAGGAGUAUGGAGCUGACAUGCAGGAGGAUGGAGCUGACAUGCAGGAGGAUGGAGCUGACAUGCAGGAGGAUGGAGCUGACAUGCAGGAGGAUGGAGCUGACAUGCAGGAGGAUGGAGCUGACAUGCAGGAUGGAGAUGGGCGUAACAAGAGAAAGGCAAGGGAAGGAGGAAAGGAGGGCCAAGGGGGAAAGACCAGCCAGAGCGGAAAGAAGGGUACUAGUACCACACCAGCAGCAGCAAAGACGUCCGUGUAUCAGCAACAGGGUACCACACCAGCAGCAAAGUCCGUGUAUCAGCAACAGGGUACCACACCAGCAGCAAAGUCGUCCGUGUAUCAGCAACAGGGUACCACACCAGCAGCAAAGUCCGUGUAUCAGCAACAGGGUACCACACCAGCAGCAAAGUCCGUGUAUCAGCAACAGGGUACCACACCAGCAGCAAAGACCCUGCAGCAGGAACAAGGCACCACACGUGCACCAUCAGGGCUCCACACCCUGCAGGAGAAAGUAGCAGACAAACGACAGAAACAACCAACAGACUAUGGGAAAAGACUUCCGAAAGGGUGGGAGAAAAAUGUCAGACCUGAGGACAGACAGUGGUUGGGCAAAACUUUGUUUGUAAAACCAGGACAGCUAUCUCCAACACUUCAACACUGGUAUCACCCUCCACUGAAGAAGGCAGACGGUCAGACCAAACCCCAGCCAGAGCUGUACUUUCUCAGACGGAUGUUCCUCUGGAUGCCACGUAGAAUGUAUUUGUUUGAUUUCCGUUGCCCCAACUGUCCGAAGAGAGCCUUGACAGGUAAGGGCACCUACAACCGGGUCAGGCUCGUGUUGGACACCACCGAUUACUACUACCUCUGCACGGAAUACCUCACGUGCUCUGACUGUGGGGGAACAUUUCCAGCCUGGGACUCAAGGCUACUACACCAGCUGCCAGACCACUUGAAAAUGAAGUUUCCAGCUUUGCUAACACGCAAAUACGCGUGUGACAGAAACGUGGUGGCACUGCUGCGAUCUAGGACACUAGGUAACAGCUCUACAGCCCUGAGGAACACAGUCAUGGAGAUGCAUUCUGAAGAAUGGCUCAGGAAGCAGGUGUACUACCUGUCUGCCUGCAAGGAACACAGAAAGCGCCUUGGAAGCUUUGGUUUGGAGGAGUUUGGGUAUGAUGAGGCCCCAUCUUUCCCACCAUUUCCACAACCACGUUGGUUUCUGGCCACAUAUGUGAGGGGUAUCUACAUGAGGCUGCCAGCCCUCAAGGCUGCGCUGACAUCGACCUUUGGCAACAUCUUAAAGAUCGACUCUACCAAGAAAGUCUGCAGAAAGCUACAGGGAGAAAGUGCAGGCACUGCAGAGUGGUCAACCAACAUAGGGAACGAACGGGGCCAGGUCCUUCAGUCUGUGCUUACAACCACAGAAGGAAAGGAUGCCCUAGAGGCGAUGGCAAGUGGGCUAAUGAAGAGAUACAGGGAUGCAGGCCAAGACCCUCCAGUUCUUCUAUACACCGAUAGGGACUGUUGUGCUGUCAGCGGCCCGUCAAGGUUCCAGUUGCUGUUCUCUGAGUGGGAAGGCCUCGAAGUUCGCCUGGACAUCUGGCACUACAUGCGGCGUAUUGCUGUUGGUUGCACCAGUGAGGCACACCCCCUGUAUGGCACAUUCAUGACACAACUGUCCAGUUGCAUCUUCGAGUGGUCACAAGAUGACUACGCCAAACUACUGCAUGCAAAAGAAGCAGAACUGAUCGCCAGUGGAAUCCCAAACCCUCCUGAAGGAGCAGUGAAGAAAGCUAUAACCAAAGAUGAAUUGGCCAAGCACUGUAGAAGGAGAACAAGGGGAACGGAGUCAACCAUUGAAGCCAUAGAGGAGCUUAUCCUCUCUUUCUCCACCGCAACUGACACCAUAGGUGUUCCCCUCUUCAGACCAGAGAUGACGGACAUCUGGACACAACAAAAACAACAUGUGAAGUGCAUCCAGGAUCCACCAGGAGUAGAACUCUACACCUGGACCGGCAACAUCAAGAAGGGUGGGGUGACAGUUCCAGUGUUCCGAACUGGGAGAGGGACUACAUCCCUGGAGUCAUUUCAUCUCCACCUGAACCGGUUCAUCCCUGGAACAUCAGCCAGUGCUGUAAACUUCCAGGCAUACUUGGUGGAAGGCAUGACCAGGUAGAACAAAGCCAGAGCAGACGCUGCCAUAGACUGCGAGGACAAUAACAGCAGGACCUUCGACAGUCAGCUGCAGCUCAAAGUAAACAACCUGUCGAUGGAAAUCCACAACAAGGAAGUCCUAACAAAGAUCACGCCUCCUAUGAAGUACACAGGAGAACUGAUUGGGGUGGAAUACCU